GAGAGCUGCUGAAGAAGUAGCGGCCCUGCUCCUUUUGCCUUGUCUAGUUGGGUCAGAUCCUUCCCGGUGAUGUAGACUGGCCGAGGGACUCCGCUGGAGGCUUCGCAGUGACAAAGCAGCUGACGACAAACCCCGUUCUGGGUCCUACGUCUGUCCAGGGAGCUGACCCGGGCACUCCUCAGGGAGUGUUUGGAUUGUGAGCAAUUUCAGAACUCUGUUCUCAGGACCCAUGAUUUUAACAUUUGGGAGAAACACAUCCAGAAGGUGCACGCUUGACUGAAGGAGAAGGGGGAAUCUGAAGACUCCAGAUGACAUCAAAGCUACUUUUCAACAGCCUUUUCAAUUUCCUUUCUCAGAAAGCAGAGGCUCAAAUCUUGGAGACAGACGAACACUGAUAUUUGCAUUUAAUGGGGAACAAAAGAUGAAGAAGGAAAAGCAAUAUAUUCACUAAGGAUUAUAUCUGCUUACUGCUACAGACCUGUGUUUUAAGGGAUUCUUCUGCUCCUUUUUGCUUAGAAGUUGAUCAGCUCUGUGGUCAGACAGCAUUGGAGUUUGCCUGCCUUUAUCUUGUCAUUGCCAGAAGAAAUCCCGGAAUGUGACAGUACAUCUCUAUCUGAUUGCUAUGGAAGGUGAUAAACUGACACUCACUUAUUAAAGUUACACCUCAUUCACUCAUACAAAACCAUUCUUUAAAGUGAAUAAAAACCAAGCCCUUGUGAACACUUCUAUUGAACAUGACUCAUGGAGAAGAGCUUGGCUCUGAUGUGCACCAGGAUUCUAUUGUUUUAACUUACCUAGAAGGAUUACUAAUGCAUCAGGCAGCAGGGGGAUCAGGCACUGCCGUUGACAAAAAGUCUGCUGGGCAUAAUGAAGAAGAUCAGAACAUUUCUGGCAGUGUGUUUCCCACCUGUCAAAGUAAUGGUCCAGUUCUCAAUACACACACAUACCAGGGAUCUGGCAUGCUGCAUCUCAAAAAAGCCAGACUGUUGCAGUCUUCUGAGGACUGGAAUGCAGCAAAGCGGAAGAGGCUGUCUGAUUCUAUCGUAAAUUUAAACGUAAAGAAGGAAGCUUUGCUGGCUGGCAUGGUUGACAAUGUGCCUAAAGGCAAACAGGAUAGCACAUUACUGGCCUCUUUGCUUCAGUCAUUCAGCUCUAGGCUGCAGACUGUUGCUCUGUCACAACAAAUUAGGCAGAGCCUCAAGGAGCAAGGAUAUUCCCUCAGUCAUGAUUCUUUAAAAGUGGAGAAGGAUUUAAGGUGCUAUGGUGUUGCAUCAAGUCACUUAAAAACUCUGUUGAAGAAAAGUAAAGCUAAAGAUCAAAAGCCCGAUACCAGUCUUCCUGACGUAACUAAAAAUCUCAUCAGAGAUAGGUUUGUAGAGUCACCUCACCAUGUUGGACAAAGUGGAACAAAGGUCGUGAGUGAACCCUUGUCAUGUGCUGCAAGAUUACAGGCUGUUGCAAGCAUGGUGGAAAAAAGGGCUAGUCCUGCCACCUCCCCUAAACCUAGUGUUGCUUGUAGCCAAUUAGCAUUACUCCUUUCAAGUGAAGCCCAUUUGCAGCAAUAUUCUCGGGAACAUGCUUUAAAAACACAAAAUGCAAAUCAAGCAGCAAGUGAAAGACUUGCUGCUAUGGCCAGAUUGCAAGAAAAUGGGCAGAAGGAUGUUGGCAGUUUCCAGCUCUCAAAAGGAAUGUCAGGCCAUCUUAAUGGUCAGGCGAGAACAUCAUCAAGCAGACUAAUGGCCAGCAAAAGCAAUGCUACAACAUUUCAAAACCCAGUGGGUAUUGUCCCUUCCUCUCCCAAAAAUGCAGGCUAUAAGAACUCACUGGAAAAAAACAAUAUAAAACAAGCUGCUAAUAAUAGUUUGCUUUUACAUCUUCUUAAAAGCCAGACUAUACCUAAGCCAAUGAAUGGACACAGUCAUAGUGAGAGAGGAAGCAUUUUUGAGGAUAGUAGUACACCUACAACUGUUGAUGAAUAUUCCGAUAACAAUCCCAGCUUCACAGAUGACAGCAGCGGUGAUGAAAGUUCCUAUUCCAACUGUGUUCCCAUAGACUUGUCUUGCAAACACCGAAUCGAAAAACCAGAAUCUGACCAACCUGUUUCUCUAGAUAACUUAACUCAGUCCUUGCUAAAUACUUGGGAUCCAAAAGUCCCAGAUGUAGAUAUCAAAGAAGAUCAAGAUACCUCAAAGAAUUCUAAGCUAAAUUCACACCAGAAAGUAACACUUCUUCAAUUGCUACUAGGCCACAAGAAUGAAGGAAAUGUUGAAAAAAAUGCCAGCCCUCAGGGAGUACACGGCGAUGUGACAAAGUUCAAUACACAAAAUUAUACAAGGACUUCCGUAAUAGAAAGCCCCAGUGCAAAUCGGACUACUCCAGUGAGCACUCCACCAUUACUUACAUCAGCCAAAGCAGAGUCUCCCAUCAAUCUCUCUCAGCACUCUCUGGUUAUCAAGUGGAAUUCCCCACCAUAUGCCUGCAGUACUCAGUCUGAAAAGCCAAUGAAUACUGCAUCUAACCAUUCAAUGGACCUUACCAAAAGCAAAGAAUCGCAAGGAGAGAAACCAGCCCAAAAUGAAGGUGCACAAAACUCUGCAACUUUUAGUGCCAGUAAGCUGUUACAAAAUUUAGCGCAAUGUGGCAUGCAGUCUUCCAUGUCAGUGGAAGAGCAGAGACCCAGCAAACAGCUGUUAAAUGUAAACACAGAUAAACCUGUAGGUAUGAUUGAUAGAUUAAAUAGCCCUCUGCUCUCAAAUAAAACAAAUGCAGUUGAAGAAAAUAAAGCAUUCAGUAGUCAACCAACAGGUCCUGAACCAGGACUUUCUGGUUCUGAAAUAGAAAAUCUGCUUGAAAGACGUACUGUCCUCCAGUUGCUCCUGGGAAACCCCAACAAAGGUAAGAGUGAAAAGAAAGAGAAAAUUCCUUUAAGAGAUGAAAGCACUCAGGAACAUACAGAUAGAGCUUUAAGUGAACAAAUACUGAUGGUGAAAAUAAAAUCCGAGCCUUGUGAUGACUUACAUAUUCAUAAUACAAAUGUACACUUGGGCCAUGACGCUAAGAGUGCCCCAUUCUUAAGUAUGGCUCCUACUGUGCAGAGAAGCACAGCUGCCUUACCAGUGUCUGAGGACUUUAAAUCAGAGCCUGUUUCACCUCAGGAUUUUUCUUUCUCAAAGAAUGGUCUGUUAAGUCGAUUGCUGAGACAAAAUCAAGAGAGUUACCUGGCAGAUGAUUCAGACAGGAGUCACAGAAAUAAUGAACUGACACUUCUAGAAUCAAAGAAUCUUUGCAUGGUCCCUAAGAAGAGGAAGCUUUAUACUGAGCCAUUAGAAAAUCCAUUUAAAAAGAUGAAAAAUAACAUUGUUGAUGUUGCAAACAAUUCCAGUGCUCCAGAAGUACUGUAUGGGCCCUUGCUUAACCAGGAAGAGCUGAAAUUUGGCAGAAAUGAUCUUGAAUUUAAAUAUCCUGCUGGUCAUGGUUCAGCCAGUGAAAAUGAACAUAGGAGUUGGGCCAGAGAGAGCAAAAGCUUCAAUGUUCUGAAACAGCUGCUUCUCUCAGAGAAUUGUGUGCGAGAUUUGUCCCCGCACAGAAGUAACUCUGUCAUCGACAGUAAAAAGAAAGGACACAGAAAUAAUGUGACCAAUAGCAAACCUGAAUUCAGCUUUUCUUCUUUAAAUGGACUGAUGUACAGUUCCACUCAGCCCAACAAUGUCAUGGAUAACAGGACAUUUUCAUACCCAGGAGUAUUAAAAACUCCCAUGAGUCCUCCUUUCCCCGAGCACUUGGGCUGUGCGGGGUCUAGACCAGAACCCGGGCAUUUAAAUGGGUGUUCCGUGCCCAGUGAGAAAGGACCCAUUAAGUGGGUUAUCACAGAUGUGGAUAAGAAUGAGUAUGAAAAAGACUCUCCAAGACUGACCAAAACUAACCCAAUACUGUAUUAUAUGCUCCAGAAAGGAGGCAAUUCUGUUACCAGUCGAGAAACACGGGACAGGGACAUUUGGAGGGAGCCUUCAUCUGCCGAAAGUGUCUCACAGGUUACAAUCAAAGAAGAGAUAGUUCCUGCUGCAGAAACUAAAGCUUCUUUCUUUAAUUUAAGAAGCCCUUACAAUAGCCAUAUGGGAAAUAAUGCUUCUCGCCCACACAGCGCAAAUGGAGAAGUUUAUGGACUUCUGGGAAAUGUGCUAACAAUAAAAAAAGAAUCAGAAUAAAAUGUACCUGCCAUCCAGCUUUGGAUCUUUUUAAAACUAAUUAGUAUGAACUUGAGAUCUGUAUAAAUAAGAGCAUGAUUUGAGAAAAGCAUGGUAUAAUUGAAACUUUUUUCAUUUUGAAAAGUAUUGGUUACUGGUGAUGUUUAAAUAUGCAUACUGAUUUUUGCUUAACAUUAGAUGUCAUGAGGAAACUACUGAACUAGCAAUUGGUUGUUUAACACUUCUGUAUGCAUCAGACAACUGUGAGUAGCCUAUGAAUGAAAUUCUU